UAGUAUAUUUAAUCAAUAGGUUAUUCUAAUACUACGAGUAUAAAAAAUACUUAAACAGACAGAGAAAUGAGAGUUUGAAUUCGAGUGUUACGAAUAUGACAAUUAACAAAAUUUGGAACAAUUGUAAAACAUAGACAUGAAGAGAUUUUUAGUCAUAUUCGGACAAAUUAGUUUGUUGAGUCAUUUUCCAACAAUUCUGACAAUUAGUCUGCCGUUUUCUCCGCUAUGGUUGAUAGAAAGUGACGGCACCAAAAGAGGAUUAAUUAAUCAACAGUUGAAAGAUUCUCAGACACUGGAUUACAAUGUUGAUGUCUUGGAUGGAACUACUUUAGGAUUGCUUAUACUAGCUAUCGUGUUACUAUGGAUACAUGGAAUAAUAUUCACAGCAUUUGGAUGUAUGCUUGUAAAGAGAAUGCUUGUAAUGAGAAGGACCCCUAGCGGACUUUGUAACAAAGUCUUCAUAAAAUGCGUUCACGUUAGCAUAGGAUUGUACAUCAUCGCCAGUUUUGUGAUGUUGACAGCAUGUGCUAGAUUCGCUGCGAUCUUCCCAAUGGAAAAGAUAAGUUAUGCUUUCUACGUCACCAUGACGAUAUUUUGUUAUAUUUGGCUUGUGGUUUUGAUAUUCAUUUGCGAUCACAUCUGCAAAAGAAGGAGAGAUGAAAAUGUUUUUCACACGCUAGUUUGCGGGCUUCGUGAGUACAACGAUGACUUUAUAUGACACUGGAGUGAUAAAGAGAAUACAACGAAUCUUUGCUGAACAUACUGUAAACAAGUCUGUUAUAUAUCAGCAUGUCACUUUCAUUUUGUCCGCAUAGUCUUCCCCAGUCAAUUUGUUUUUUGCUGUGAACAAACAUUUUCAUUGGAACAUACCAUUGAAGACAUUAACCAGUUACUGACCUUUAACUAUUUAACAAUCCAUAAAUUCCCACACAACCGAGCAAUCCAGUGAUGGAUCUUCAUGCAAUUUAACACAAAUAUAAAUCACUUUAGGGCGGUGAUGCAUACAUAUCUUUUACCAAAACCUCUUCAGUUACUGCAGAGUGAUUGCCGUUUAACUGCAUUAAAAAUCAUAAAUUCACACAAAAUAAUGUAAUCCAUUUAUUGAUUUUCAUGAAACUUAGCGAUCACUAUAGAGCCGAGUUUUCCCCUUGAAUUUGUAAAACACAGGAACCAACAAACCGUUGCUUUUGUUUAUAACUUGUGUAUAUCUGGAAAAGAAAUAUCUUUCAAAAUAUACCCCCUCUCAUUCACAUAACAACUUAUUCGGCGUGGGAUAUAAAUUCAUUGAAUUUGCUUUUUGAUGUUGAUUCUUGAUCGAAACGGAGUAGUCCAGAGAGCAUAAAAAUAUGAAACAACAACUGUGUAUAUGAACUACCCAUAUAGUUCAUGUAAGACAAGUGUCGGAGAUAUCGACACG